AUGUCCGCAUCAAAAAUCGAGCCCGGCUCCUUCAACACCCCCGUCGGAACAUUCCCCGCAUCCUGCACCACCCCAAAGGAAGCCAUCAACGCGCUCGCCAUCGCCGAAGCCACCCUCUCGAAACUCAACGAUGCGCUAUCCGCCUCCAACACCAGCGACAUAUCAUCCCUCUUCCUGGAAGAAGGCAGUUUCUGGCGCGACCACCUCUGCCUCUCAUGGGACUUCCGCACCGCAAAGGGGCGCGACGCCAUCUCUUCCCUUCUGUCUGAAGUCCCAAACGAGAAGCUAGCGCAGGUGAAGAUCUCCCUCGACGCCUCAAGCCCGUUCCGCGCUCCCCAAGUCACCGCAAUCGAUGCCUUCGGCGACGUCACGGGCAUCCAAUUCUUCAUCACCGUGACAACAGCCAUCGGGUCCGGUCGCGGCGUUAUCCGUCUCGCAGAGUCAGAGGGGAACUGGUCGAUCUACACCCUCUACACCGUCCUCCAAGAACUCACGGGCCACGAAGAGCGCAUCAAUACGCGCCGCCCAUUCGGCGCGGUCCACGGCGCACGCACCGGACGCUCAAACUGGCAAGACCGCCGCGAUGAAUCGCUGAAUUUAGCCGGGGACCGCCAACCGACUGUCCUCAUUGUCGGCGCCGGGCAAUCGGGCCUAACGAUCGCGGCGCGCCUUAGAAUGCUCGGGGUGGAUUGUCUGGUUAUUGACAAGGAAACCCGCGUCGGCGAUAACUGGCGCAGACGGUACCACCAGCUCGUCCUGCACGACCCCGUCUGGUUCGACCAUAUGCCGUAUGUGUCGUUCCCGGAGACGUGGCCGGUUUUCACGCCGAAGGAUAAGCUUGCCGAGUUCUUUGAGGCGUAUGUUAAGCUUUUGGAGUUGGAUGUUUGGACUUCGACCAAUAUUGAAGGGGUUAGGUGGAGUGAGGAGAAGAAAGAGUGGACGGUUGAGGUUGUUAGGGAUGUUGAUGGGAGAGGUGAGAAGAGGGUUCUUCGGCCUAGACAUGUUAUUCAGGCGACGGGGCACUCGGGGGAGAAGAAUCUGCCGAAUUUCGAGGGGCUUGAGGGGUUCAAGGGUCGGAUCUGUCAUAGUUCGGAGUUCGACGGGGCUACCGAAGUUGGGCAAGGUAAAGGGGCGAAGAAGAAAGCCGUCGUCGUCGGAUCAUGCAAUUCAGCGCACGAUAUCGCGCAGGACUACUAUGAAAAGGGAUACGAUGUCACCAUGGUCCAGCGCUCUUCGACCUGCGUCAUCUCCUCGUCGGCAAUCGUGGAUAUCGGACUCAAGGGGCUCUACGAAGAGAACGGGCCUCCGGUCCACGACGCCGACCUCUUCCUCUACAGUAUCCCCGCGGAACAAUUCAAGGCGCAGCAGGUCAAGAUCACGGGGCUUCAGAACCAGCACGACAAGGAGUUCCUGGCCGGUCUUGCGAACGCCGGCUUCAAAGUCGACAUGGGGCCUGACAAUGCAGGGUUGCUGAUGAAAUACUGGCAGCGCGGCGGGGGAUACACGAUCGAAGUCGGCGCUGGACGGCUGAUCGCGGACGGGAAGAUCAAGGUGAAGCAGGGACAGGAGAUCGCUGAGAUCCUUGCAUCUGGAAUCAGGUUCGGCGAUGGCUCGGAGCUGGAGGCGGACGAGCUGGUCUUUGCAACGGGGUACAAGAACAUGCAUACGCAGACGAGGCGGAUCUUUGGCGAUGAGGUCGCGGACCGCGUGGAUAGUGUCUGGGGUCUGAAUGCUGAAGGCGAGAUGCGCACGAUCUGGCAGAAGACAGGACACCCCGGGUUCUGGUUCAUGGGCGGGAAUCUGGCGCUGUGUCGGUAUUACUCGUUGCUGCUGGCGCUGCAGAUUGUGGGUGUUGAAGAGGGGUUGAAUCACCUAUCUUAG